UCCUGUCUGAAAAUAGAAGAAAGCAACAAAGGGAAGGCUUUGCUUGUCCGUUUUAAAAAUCCUUUGGAUAGAUUGUAACGCAAAAGAAGUGCUUUUCUCUUUCCUGUUUUUUAUGUUUCUAGUUGGGUAGGCGAGAGAGAGAGAGAGAGAGAGAGAGAGAGAGAGAGUGAGGGAGGGAGAGAUGGGUGAAGAAGAUGAUCAACAGUCACCACUGCUCAAAAGCAUUUCUUCAGCCGGUGCAUCACAACAGGCUCCUCCCAAAAGAACUGGGACACAGUGGACCGCAGUGGCGCAUAUUAUAACGGGAGUGAUCGGAGCAGGAGUGCUUUCUCUUGCAUGGAGUGUGGCUCAAUUAGGAUGGAUUCUCGGUCCUGUGUGCAUAAUAUGCUUUGCAGGAAUUUCUGGUGUCUCUACAUUUGUUCUUUGUGACUGCUACCGGUACCCUGAUCCAGAAUAUGGAACCACCAGAAACCGAUCUUUCAUGGAGGCUGUCAAGUUCUACUUAGGAGAGAAGCAGCAACGCAUUUGCGGAGUGUUUGCACAGGAAAGCUUAUUUGGGACCGGGAUUGCUUAUACCAUAACAGCUACAGCCAGUGUCAGGGCAAUCCUAAGAUCAAAUUGUCAUCAUCAAGGAGGGUACAAUGCUCCAUGCCAGUACGGGGAUAGUUUCUAUAUGCUCCUAUUUGGUCUAGUUGAGAUACUAUUGUCACAGAUUCCAGAUUUCCGCAGUAUCGAGUGGCUCUCAAUUUUCGCGGCUGUCAUGUCCUUCUCCUAUGCUUUAAUUGGGUCUGGUCUCGGCUUUCUAAAAGUAAUAGAAAAUGGAACCAUUAAGGGAUCUAUCUCGGGAGUCCCAGCUUCAAGUAAUCUCAAGAAGUUAUGGUUAGCCUUUGAAGCACUUGCAGACGUUGCUUUUGCCUAUCCUUAUACCUUAAUUGUUCUUGAGAUACAGGAUACCUUGAAGUCCUCUCCCCCAGAAAACCAGACGAUGAAGGCGGCCUCCUUGAAAGCGAUUGUCAUCACCACCUUCUUUUACCUCUGCUGCGGUUGCUUUGGAUAUGCAGCGUUUGGUGAUAGUACACCAGGCAAUCUACUCACUGGAUUCGGAUUCUAUGAGCCACACUGGCUCGUGGACCUCGCUAAUGCUUGCAUUGUGCUUCAUUUGGUGGGAGCGUAUCAGAUCUUUAGUCAGCCCGUUUUUGCGACAGCAGAGAGAUGGUUCGCAUAUAGAUUCACCGACAGUGGAUUUCUGAACAAUCACAUCUCAUUCAAGAUUCCCUUGUUCAGCACAUUUCAGUUGAAUCCCUUCCGGGUGGUGUUCCGGACGAUGUACGUCGUAUCUACGACCGCACUUGCAAUGUCCUUCCCUUACUUCAAUUCCGUGUUGGGAGUGCUGGGGGCAUUGAACUUUUGGCCUCUGGCAGUAUAUUUCCCAGUGGAAAUGUACUUGAAGCAAAAGAAGAUUAGGGCAUGGUCAAGGGAAUGGAUUUGCUAUAGGACAUUUAGUGGUCUUUGUUUGUUGGUCACGGUUGUGGGAUUCAUUGGGUCGCUUGAAGAACUGACCAGUGCCAGAAGUUCAGAUGAGAAAUUAAUGUAAAUGCGGUUGCGUAUGAUGGACAGGCAUAGCAUCAUUAAAGAAACACUUCCUUACUAGUGAGAGAUUCCUCUUAUAAUAAUUUUUUUUCCCUGUAUUUUUAUCCUUUUUGGUGAUGUCAUGUGAUGAAGUUCUGGAAGUUACUCAUUGUACAUUAUUCAUUAAAAAAGUGGAGUGGGAAGAAGACAAUUUUUUAAUA